CGCCGCUUCUUGAUGUUGUGGUUGCUAGUACGCAUGCGCCCGGCAUUGGAAUUACUGCACUGGCGAGAAUAAGUUGCACCUCGUCUCUCUUCACUAAAAGAAAAAAAACAAACACGUAAAAUAAGUAUGGCAGUUUUCAAAAUAAUGUGUUUUUGCGUGUGGUUGUUUCCUCUCGUAGUGACUGUGGUGCGCACCCAAAGUACCAAAGUCAAUGACCCAAGCAAUAUGUCCGUGGUUAAAGAUACGGUGGAUAGAGUGUUAAAAGGUUAUGAUAUACGACUGAGACCAGAUUUCGGAGGUCCUCCGGUUGGAGUGGGAAUGAAUAUUGACAUAGCAAGCAUAGACAUGGUAUCAGAAGUCAAUAUGGACUACACAUUGACGAUGUACUUCCAGCAGGCCUGGCGAGACAAGCGGCUGUCCUACUCUGAGAUCCCGCUCAACCUGACCUUAGAUAACCGGGUGGCGGAUCAGCUCUGGGUUCCGGACACCUACUUCCUCAACGACAAGAAAUCGUUUGUCCACGGUGUCACUGUGAAGAACAGAAUGAUCCGGCUGCACCCGGAUGGUACUGUCCUGUACGGUCUAAGAAUCACGACCACCGCUGCUUGUAUGAUGGACCUUAGAAGAUAUCCACUGGAUGAGCAGAACUGCACACUGGAGAUCGAAAGUUAUGGUUACACUACAGAUGACAUCGAGUUCUACUGGCGGGGAGGAGACAAGGCUGUGACGGGGGUGGACCGAAUUGAGCUUCCCCAGUUCUCCAUUGUGGACCACAAGCUCAUCUCCAAGAAUGUCGUCUUCUCCACAGGUGCUUACCCUCGCCUGUCCCUGAGUUUCAAGCUGAAGAGAAAUAUCGGCUACUUCAUCUUGCAGACAUACAUGCCUUCUAUACUUAUCACCAUCCUCUCCUGGGUCUCCUUCUGGAUCAACUAUGACGCCUCUGCUGCCCGAGUGGCUCUAGGUAUAACCACAGUGCUCACAAUGACUACCAUCAACACCCACCUGAGAGAAACCCUCCCUAAAAUCCCUUACGUCAAGGCAAUUGACAUGUACCUCAUGGGCUGUUUUGUCUUUGUAUUCAUGGCUCUGCUUGAGUAUGCGCUGGUAAACUACAUCUUCUUUGGACGAGGCCCUCAGCGUCAGAAAAAGGCAGCUGAAAAAUCAGCGAUAGCCAACAACGAAAAAAUGAGGAUGGAUCCAAACAAGUGGUUGGUGGGGAAUGUCGUUGGCAGAGAUGACACUCUGUAUGCAAGAAUGAAACAAAGGGAUCUUGAUGGACAUGACUCCAUAUGGGAACCAAUCUUUGUGGAUGAUACAGCACUUGGACUUGGCGAUCAAAAGAACAAGAUGGACCCACAUGAGAACAUCCUUCUGGGCACCCUGGACAUCAAGAACGACAUGGGGGUUUCAGAGCUGGCUCUGGGUCUCAAUGACCCAAGAAAUACCAUGCUGACAUAUGACAGUUCAACCGUUCAGUACCGCAAAGCAGCACUGGCCAGGCACAACUUUGGCCGAAACACACUUGAGUGUCACAUGACUCAGAAGAAGAGCAGACUACGAAGGCGUGCGUCUCAGCUAAAGAUCACCAUCCCAGACUUGACUGACGUAAACAUUAUUGACAGAUGGUCGAGGAUGAUCUUCCCUACUGUCUUUUCCUUCUUCAACAUUGUUUACUGGCUUUACUACGUCAAUUAAAAGAAGAGGACAUCAGUGAGUGCAAGAACAAACAGCAAAAUAUGUUGCUCAUUUCUUGUUUGUAACUGGUUUGUUUCAUUUUUUUGUGUGAUUUGGAAAAACUGGACUGAGUAACCAUAUUCAGGACCAGCUCCAUCAUAUCAUGGAAUACCGCAUUUGCUGGCUAACACAUGAAAACCUUAUAAAAGAGAGAUUACAAACAUAUAAGGUGCCUCUACCUGAGUAGUUGUGAACUAUUUUAUGUAUUUUGUGAAUUGUGUAUCUAUUUUCAAAGGUUUAUUUGCAUAUUUCUUAUGUUUUUAUCAUGUUAAAUUAACAGCAUACUAAUAUUUUGCCAAAAAAAAAAUCAGUUAGAUACAAAUUAAUCAACAACCAUCAUCUCUCACUGACAUCACUUAAAAAGUGCUGACACAUGUUUCAGGUCAUCCAGGUAUUCUAUGUUUAAUAACAUCAAAGAAACUACAUUUAUUGGUACAAAAAUCAUUUGAUACUAACGUUAUAAGGGCCCCUCAGUUCACAGUUUAUAGCAUUGUGUAUUCAAAAGAUAUCUAUAAUAAGCUUUUUCUACUGAAGUGUGCUAGUAGAGUUUUUAUUUUACUUGUUUCAUAGCAUAUUCUUAGUUUAUAAAUCAUGUCCAUUGGAUUGCAGGUUAAAUGAACUUACAUCAUUCCAAAAGUACAAAGUGUUUACAUGGACUGCACUUCAGAAAAGUGCUGACAGUCAGAAAAAGUCAUAAUAUAGAAAGCAAAAGUAUUGGAAAAGCUAAAGGAAAGAUGAACAAGGAAGGAAAAAUAAAUCACAUAUUUUGCUUCAGCUACAUUGGCUUUACUUUUAUAAAUCUUUUAAAUUGUCAAUAUUGAAAUUUAAGCCCAAAGUACAAAUAAAUGAUAUGGAUGGCCUAUCCAUAGUAGAGCCUCAAACAACGAUGGUAAUUUCACCUGCGCAGCAUUUAUUAACAGAAUAAUAGACAAACAGUAUUCCCCUUUUGGAUACUCU